CUUUAUUCUCACUGAUAUAUUGUCUACAUUUAACAGUAUAGAUAAUAUAAGAUGAUUCAGUCCGUAUAAUAUGGAAUUAAUUUGCCCUUAUGUAUCAUGAACGACUAGGAAGUUUCGUUUUGAUACGGUUGGCAUCAAUUGUGUGUUCAAAACUAGUUUACGGAUCCAACUUAUACAAGACUUAUGAUAUACGGUUUAUAACAAAAUUUUUGCGCGAGAACAAAGGGGUUUGUGUUUUACUGGAGAAGGGAGCAUGGAGGAAGAACAAUUCAAGAGGCGUCCUAAUGAGCUAUCACUAUCCCGUGUUAAGACAAUAAUGAAAAGCUCACCGGAUGCUGAAAAUGUGUCUCAGGAAUCUGUGUUCCUUGUAACAAAGGCAACAGAAUUGUUUAUUAAAUACAUGGUUCACGAAGCUUACAAAGGAAGUAGAAAUGCCAAAACCCUAGAGUACAAGCAUGUGUCAGAGUUGGUGCAGACCCGAGAGGAGCUAGCGUUUCUGAGGGAAAUCGUUCCCCGGAAAUGCACACUUAGUGAUAUAGAAGAGAGUCUAAGGCGAAGAGGACUAGAUAUGAAACGCCCUGGCAUUUCGUCUUCAUCAUCUGAUUUGUCACUGUAUUCUGACGAGGAGCUGAUACUGCCUUCAUCAGAGCCCAGAAACAGCAAAGCAGAUUCUUCCUCCCUGUUGAAGGGAACAAAAACAGCAUCUAGUCCUGAACUUUCAUGUGUAAAGCCUGGGUCUCUGUUACGGACUAAACCAUCGAUAUUGAAGUCAUCACUAGUAACAGAGGAGUUGAUAUCAAAAGAGUCAGAGACUUCAUCAGGUAUGGACAUGUCAUAUUCAAGUACAUCAGCAUCACCAACAAACUCUGCACAUGCACGCCCUGGUACGCCUUCCACAAUUACGUUGUCAUCGUCAUCAAGGGAAAUGAGUGUGGAAGGUUCUCCAUCCCCAUCAUUAAGUUUCCUGGAUCCUGGACCAUCUUCUGUCGCAGUUCCAACUUCACCAAUGAGUCUGGUGUCUGUCUCAUCAGGUUCACGGACACCAUCCCCAUCACCUUCUUAUUCAUCACUGUCCCCCGAUCUUCGUUCUGCAGUUAUUGCAGAAGGCAAGAUCGAUAUGGGCAUUGAAAGUGCAUCAUCAGAUUCAUCAAUAUAUGAAGUGGACCAAGAGUAGUUUUAAGGCUUGUUGAAUUUAUUUGCAGGAACAUAACAGUUUAAACAACUGCAUACAAUCAUCUUGGGAGCUACCUUACAAAUAUGAAGCAGGGAUUGCUCCAAAAUUCUGCUUGUUUGUUUUUUACAAGCAUUUGCUAUGAACUUGAGUGAAUUUUUUUUUGGAAUACAGUAUUAUCUGUUUUAAUGUACAUUUUAAGUGUAUUUGUAUCAAGAUGAAAUUUUUUUAUUCUUUUGUAUAAAGUAAAUUAGGUAAUGUCCCUCUUAAUGAAGCACCAUGCCUUGGAGGUAAAUAGGGAGUAGAGGUAUAACUGCAUAAAUUAUUAACCUUGGCACUACAUGGAGGUGAAGUAUUUCCUGAACAAAAUGUUAAAAGUAGAGUUACACAUCAUUUUUACUAUGCAGUCUGUUUUAAACCUAAAAUGUGACUGGGACAGUUGUUUUACCAAUGAACGUUUGCUGAUAAAAGCUGCAGUACACUUGUCUCAGAAAAGGAUUUUGGACGUUUGAUGAGUAUAAUUUCAAUUUAAAUUGAAUACAAAUGCCAAUUUUAUGUACCUGGUGUCUUAGGAUACAUCUGUGUAAUCGAUGUAACCAGUCUAUAUAAUUUUUUGUUGAAAAACCAUUUGCUCCUGAAUCUUCAAUGUAAAAUGAUGCAAAAUAAUGAUAGAUAUGAUGCUAUAACAGAUCUGACAAUGAUAUAAGUGUAUUAUAUAAAAUGUAAUAUUUUUAUAUAGUUUUGUAAUAAAAAUCAUUAAGUGCCAA